AUGGCAGCGACAGAUUCAGCAUACGAGCAAGCGACCCGGCUUCUAUCUCAGCGAAACCUGCAUCAGAAGAUAUGGCUUCCGCAGACCAGCACGCACGCACGUCUGCGGGUGACGUUCUCGACGACGACCAAUUUUGUCGAAGAUGAGAGUCUUCCGGUCGUUCUGUUCAUCGGACCGAUGUUUGGCACGAGAUAUAUGGGUCUCAUGUUUGAUAGGAUGGCGCGUGAGAUUGGAGUGCGGAUGAUAUGCGUUGACAGGUGAGAUUCAUCCGUCUUCUUUGAUCGAGCGGGAUAACAUGUAUACUGAUUAACGAAAGACCGGGAUUAGGUGGAUCGAUGCCCGUGAAAGGAGACCAGCGUGUCGACGUAUGGCUUGAGACUGUGCCCGUCUUGCUUCAACAUCUCAAUGUGAAGCAUGUCCACAUCAUGUCGCACAGUGCUGGGACGAUAUACACUUUGAACACCAUUUCGCGGUUUCGGGACAUGCUGCAUCCAAAGUCGCCUUAUGUGGCGCUACUAGGUGAGCAUUGCCUUUGCAUGUGAGAACUCACCUGAACUAAGUCGACUGUGUAGCUCCAUGGGUGGAUAACAAGUGUUCGAAUGUCGGACUCAUGAACGCCGCCUCAAAACUACCCGCCGGAGCAUUCUCCUACUGGAGCAAUCUCAAUGAAUUCAUCAGUCAGCGCGUGAUGCCGGCAUCCUUGUGGUCUGGAGGCCUGUUUUCUUCCAUGGCCGGCAGGUUCCAAGCGCAGCCAGGCGAAGCGGACACGGGAGACUCCGAAGAUGCGCAAGAGAAGUACGGCGUCGACAAGAAGACCACGGGCGAGAUCGAAGCGCUUUCGGGGAGGUACGCCUUUGCCGAAGACAUGUCCGGAGGCAACGAUGAGGCACGACUCUGUGUCAAGAAGCUCGGUGCGGGAGCAUGGGCGGACUGUGAGGAUUACAUGGACUUUGUGGGGGCUUUGUCACGGAGGGAGAAGGAGCGGAUGGGCGAGGACGGCGCGGCUUCGAGGUUGAAGGUGCGGAUGCAUUUCGCUGAGAGCGAUGUCCUGAUUGGAAAGGGGGGCCAGCGGUAUUUCGAGGAGUGCUGGAAGCAGGAUGGAGUUGCUGAGUCGAUUGAUGUCGUGAGUAAGGAGUGGCCUGGGUCGAAUCACGAUUCGGUGCUCGUCGAUUCCAAGGUGGGGGCGGUGCGGAGUGUGUUGGAGGAGAUCAAGAGGCUUCGAUGA